AUGGCGAUAACUUACCCGGUCUUCGUGAUCGUAGUGGUUGGGCUAGCAGGCCUGACCUCGUUAAGAUGCGCUUAUGCCUUCCCAUCGGUAGAUACAGUACAGUCACAUGAAACCCUUCAAAAGGUCGGGAGAAAUAAUGUCAUGAAAAACUGGUUACCAGAUUCUGUGAAUAAGAGCAAACAAGAUAACCCGAGAAAAGAACAGGUGCACAACAAUAAAACAAAACGUUUUGAGAAUGAGACCACGGACUGUACUUGUCCAGAAGAACCUUAUACAGAGCAUCCUGAGUCUCCAGAACCUGAAUCCGAAGGUCCGUCGACAAACGAUCCUCUAUCUGAUGGUACUGAAACUCCUUCAUCCGAUGCAGACUCUUAUCCAUGCCCAGAUAAUGCUACCAAUUCUUCUCCUGAUAGUACCAUUUCUGCCGAUGAUACUACAGAAAACCCCAAUACGCCAAGUACUAAAUUAAAUGACACAUAUUGCACGUGUGACAAUGAUACUGAAUCUAAUGUUGAAGAUCCCGACAUCUCUCAACCAAACGACUAUUGUGAGACUUCGAGAGAGAACUCCACAUCGUCAGGUAACUCCAAACCGUCUUCUCAAGAAGACUCUACUUAUCCACAAGAUGGUGACGUUACAACAGAUACUACCGAUUGUUCAUGUGACAAAAACUCUGAAGAUAUUCCUGUCGACUCUAGCCCUCCACCAACACCAACCACACAAAAUGAUUACACAGCUUCACCAGAAGAUUCUAGUCCCUAUCCAGGCGGUGACAACAAUACUUGUUCCGAUGAUGGCAACAAUCUUUCUGACGAUGACGACAACAAUUCUUCUCCUUCUAAAGAAAAUAAUUCUCAUUCCUCUGACGAGAACAACACUCCUCCCGGUAAUGAAAAUACUCCUCCCGGUGAUGAAAAUACAACUCCCGGUGAUGAAAAUACUCCUCCCGGUGAUGAAAAUACUCCUCCCGGUGAUGAAAAUACCCCUCCCGGUGAUGAAAAUACUCCUCCCGGUGAUGAAAAUACUCCUCCCGGUGAUGAAAAUACUCCUCCCGGUGAUGAAAAUACUCCUCCCGGUGAUGAAAAUACACCUCCCUGUGAUGAAAAUACACCUCCCGGUGAUGAAAAUACUCCUCCCGGAAAUGAAACUACUCCUCCCGGAAAUGAAAAUACUCCUCCCGGUGAUGAAAAUACUCCUCCCGGUGAUGAAAAUACUCCUCCCGGUGAUGAAAAUACUCCUCCCGGUAAUGAAAAUACUCCUCCCGGUGAUGAAACUACUCCUCCCGGAAAUGAAAAUACUCCUCCCGGUGAUGAAAAUACUCCUCCCGGUGAUGAAAAUACUCCUCCCGGUGAUGAAAAUACUUCUCCCGGUAGUGAAAAUACUCCUCCCGGUGAUGAAAAUACUCCUCCCGGUAGUGAAAAUACUCCUCCCGGUGAUGAAAAUACUCCUCCCGGUGAUGAAAAUACUCCUUCUCCAGAUUGUGCCAAUAAUUCUCCUCCCGAUCAAACUACAGAAAAGCCCGAUUCCCCGCCAAAUAGCGAAUCGGAGAAUAAAACACAGUGCUCUUGUGACAAAUAA